GGGAGACUUACCGAGGAGCUGACUUUGCUGAAGAGAAGUUUUGCCUUAAAAGUUCUCCUAAAAGAUGAAUCAGGGACUUUUUGCUUUGGCAUUUCUCCUUUGCGUUUCUUUCGGUAAGUACUUUUUGUCCGUUCUAUUGCAUUGAUUCGCUCAUUGCCAUCUAGUUCUUUUUGGCAAUGAUUAGACAUGCCAGUCGAUCGAUACAUAGCGGAUUUGAAACGGUUUUAUUCAAAGUUGCUUUUCUUAGGACUGUACUUUCUUCGCUGUAUUGGUAUACGUUGUUCAGUUGUUCCUUGCAAGAUUACGGUUUGUCUUUGUUACGGUUUGUCUUUAUGUAUAAAAUUGAUCUGAGUGGAGGAUCAGAAAAACCUGAGUUUGUCGAUAGGUCGUAAAAGUGAUUGAAAGUUGCAUUCAUACAUUGGUGACAAGAUAUUUUGAAACAUUAAAACUUAACUGGCCAGGUUUAAUCAAAACAGCUGCGCUGUAAAACAACAAAAAUUUUCCGCGUUCACGGAUAAGCCAGCGCCUACUUUCGUUUAACAGAGGCUUUCAGUAAACCACCAAAUUCGUUAGAGCUUGCAUCGCCGAAAUAACUUUAACUGUUACUUUAAAAGGUUCAUUUCUACUAGUAAUGCAAAGGAUAUUGGUCUUGAUUCGUAGAUCAAAUGGGAUCGAAGUUUACUUGAUUGUUGAAUUAGAAGUACAUCAAAUUUGGUGAGAGAACGUUAAAAUUCUUUUGAGAGGUUUCAGCUAUUGUAAACUGUUCCACGCUUUUGAAUCAUAAUGACGGAAUAGAAUUUCUAAUAAAAUUUGUUUUUGGACUUGAAGGAAAUGAUGUCUUGGUAUCUUCUGCAGCCUGAAUUCCUCUAUUAAAUUCCCUGGCGGUGUAACUUUUAUUCAUUUGAAGACGGAAAAUUCCAGCUACGAUUAUCGUAUGCAUGCGAUCGUGACUCGUGCAUACGAGUGCAUGAAAGACGUGUUAAGUGGGUACCACCACAAAGAAAGGGAGUGAAAAUUUUCACUCCAAAAAUGGAGAUUGCCGGAUUAUUUUAAACUCGAUUCAUUUUUCAAGUGCAGAUGAGAUUCUCAAAGGUCAGAAAAGGAAAGAAAUAUUAGACGUUCACUUUCAUGUUAAGUUUUGAUUAAGUAGGAGUUCUGAAUCAGUAUGCCAUAGUCCUAACGGAAAUGUCAAAGUUUUCAUUUUUUGUCCAUUUUAGACUUUUCGAAUUUCGAGUUCAACGCAACAGAGAAUUGCCUCAUUCUCUGCUAGCUCAACGUCUAUCCUUUGUUACGAAAUUGAUAAAUCGCGUUCCACGCAAAAUUCCUAGAAACUGACAAAGGACUCAUUCAAAUUUUCCCGGAAUCGGGUUUGUUAUAAUUAUAAUUUAAGGAUUAUUGAUAAGGCACCACCCAUUCUUUAUAAUGCCCUAUAUUUAUUUUGCUGUCACAUUCUGUCACUUAAGGGCUGAAUAUCCCUAAAAAGCAUGCAUGAUCGAGUCUUGUGUAGCGGAUAAAGAGCAUGAAAAAUUGUUUCAUAACUGAGUCUAAAGUUCAUUUAAAUAAAGAAGUUGAUGUGAAGCAACCGGCAUACACUCUUUUUUUUUUUAUAAGAAUGUUGUUUUCCCAGGCCAGGCUGAAUAUUCUUAUUUUUCCGCAGAUUUUAGGCUUUAAAUAUUCUUGUAUUAUUCUUAAUAAUAGCUUAUGACAUUUUCGUUUUAGAAUAUAUUAAGGUAUCAAUUAUAGUUUUGUUAAAUAUAGUUAGCUAGUUUUGCCGUUUAAAGAAAGGAAUAAAUUGAAAACGUAUAUUUGUAUUGUAUUUACAGAUUUUCACCAGACGAAAUUCAUCGUUUUCAAAAUCUCAGCCUGGAGUUUAUUCUUAAAGUAUUCUUAAGAUUUCGCAAAUUUCAGCCUCGAUAUUCCUAUAAAAUAUAUUCUUAUAGAAAAAAAAGAGUGUAAUUAAGCAUGCGGAAGCAGUUGUCUACAAAACAAACUGAGUUGUUUGUUUAGUUGAAACUUCUAUACUAGUACACUAAUGGUAUAGAAUUUAAAAAAGGCCAAAGGAGAAUACGUUUUGAAGAAAGCUGUGAAACUUCAUUAAUGACUAAGAGUGAAAAACAAAAUGAUGUCAAAUGCUCAAAUAAAAGUACUGCUAUAUAUAGGAGUUUAAUUUGUGUGGUUUUAUAUAUAAUUGACAUCACAAGUGUCUACUCUCAUGCGAAUUUAGGAUGUUAUCCAAACAUUUCACGCUGAUUCUGCUGAGAUGCUCUGAUUCGCUACCUUUAAUGAAUGAAGAGAGACCCUGCCCAAGAAACAAGGUUGCGGGUUAAUGGAAGUGAAAAUCUGUUCGUUACAAGAUAAAAAUGAAACUUUUCUUCGGUAGCGAGGAAGCCAAACUGACUAUCAUACUUCUUAGUAUUAUCACUACUGAAAACGGUUGUUCUUCUACACUGCCGAAGACAUUGUAGUUGAAAGAAAUCGGCAAAAAUAAUAGAUUUUACAUUCGACUCUUUUGGCUUGAACUUCGAUAGCGAUAAAAGCACAUAAAUUAAGUUUACGUAACUUCGUCCGCACGGAAAGGUAUCAGUAAAUGACCGCGGAAGGUCCACUGCCUCGUCCGUCCGUACACAGGGACGCGGGUCUUCUUUGUUUAUUGGCAAUGGCCUCCUUAACGCGACGCUCGACGUUGUACUUUUCAGUAAUUAGAACAAUUAUCAACAGCAUUGCUGGAGCGUUAUAGGCCUUGCGACAGAACCAGUAGAGAGACUCUUAAAAGAACGAAUAGCUAUACGUGUAAACAACAAAGAGAGAAAACGGUACUACUACAAUCUGUUAGCACUGCUUUCCUGGACUAUACAGAAAGGAAUACAAUGAUUCCCUGCAAGUCUGAUUAUGUGUUCUAUUUCAGCAUGUGGCUUACAGUGUUAUAAGUGCUUAAGCACGAAAAGUUGGGAUGACUGUGAAAGCGUCAAAACAAAGGUGAACUGCUCCUCUGGCGAGAACCGAUGUUUUAAGGCCUACGAAGAUAUCAAAAAAGGCGGAGUAUCAGUGAAGGGUUAUGGCAAAGGUUGUAGUUCAGCAGAGAUUUGCAAAACUGCGACAGACACCGACGCCUGUAAGAAAGGAACCUGUGAGAUGGAUUGCUGCUCUGGAGAUCUUUGCAAUGCCGCCACAGUACCACUGGUCAGCGCCAUCAUCUUCACCGUAUGCGCUGUUCUGGCCACUUCUCUUUAAACCAUGAUCAGAGUACUCAAGUGUUGCAAUUUAUAGCUCCCAGUUUCAGUAAAAGGAUAAUUAAGACUGAUUCGUUUGUUGGGUUAGUUUCUAAUUAAGCUUUUUUUAUGAAAGAACGAUCGUAAACCACUUAGCGUUUGUUUCUAUCUAAUCGAGGGUAACGUUGUUUUUAGGUUUUGAUCAAGGCAAGGUCACUUCUUUGUUUUAAUGAAAGUUUACAAAAAUUUUUAGUGAAAAUCUCAACUCUGUAAGUCCUCUCAGG